ACUGCAGCCUCUCCGGAUGUGACAGGUACCCAGUCCGAGAAGGGGAAGGAAGUCGCGGCAGAGCCACCGAGUGCCCAGCCUGCAGAGGGACGCAGCUCCAGUGAAAAGGAUAGCCCCGCAGGCGAAGCAGACGUAGGGAACGGAAACGGAAACGGAAACGCUAGCUCGUCAGAGCACACCGAGACCCCUCAGCAUCCCCAGCCUCAGCCCCAACCCCCUCCCCCACCCCAACCCGCAGACAGCGCAGGGCAGGCCCCGGCGCCCUCGCCGCCGGCCGCCGUGCGCUCUGCGGAGUCCAUACCCACCGCCAACGAGAAGACGGACGAGAACGGCACCGCCCGCAAAGAGAAGGGCUCGCUCGAGAGCGAGCAGACCGGCACGCAGACGUUCAAGAGCUCCCCCCGCAAGGACGCAAGCAAGUCCGUCUCCGACGGCGCGCACACGUCCACCACUGCCGCCGACCAGGCGGACGGCGCCCGCGCCCGCCGCACGAAGGGCAGCCUCCUCUCGAAACUCCUGAAGGUGCUCGUCCCCUGCGUGGGCCCGUCGUCCCGCGCACACCCCGUCGACCUCGACGAGAAGGCCACGGCGCCCGCCGCGCCGUCGAAAACGAACGUGGCGACGGCGGCGGCGUUGAGGGAGAAGCAGGCGGCGAAGGAGGCAGAGGACCUGCCCCCAGCACCCCAGGAACCAGCCGCGGCAGCGUCGACGCCGCCGGAUGACGCCCAGGCGCCUACGGCCCAGCCUGAAAUCCCACCGCCGCUGCAGCCGAUCGACGUGCCCCCACAGUCCGAGGACCCGAGCGUGCUCGUGCCCCCGACCCCCACGAAGACGCUGCCGCUGGAGGAGACCGAGGGCGUGACGUCGGGCGCGGUGCAGCCGCCGGGUUCGGUAGGGGACGAGAGCAUACACAACCGGUCGAGGAGAAAUUCGCGGGAGAUCGACCACGAGAGCGACGGGUCGACGAGCUUUACGGAGGAGGAUGACUUGGAGGAGGGCACGCCCGUGGACGAGGUCGAGGACGAAGAGGAGAGGCUCAUCAUGCAGGGGGGUGCUGGGAUACCCAUAGGACCGAAUGGCGUUCCGCAACCAUUGCUUCCCCCAAUAUCUCCCAAACACGCCGGUCGUAAAUGCCUCGUGCUUGAUCUCGACGAGACACUGGUGCAUAGUAGCUUCAAGUCCAUUCAACAAGCGGACUACGUAGUGCCCGUUGAGAUUGAGUAUCACUGGCACAACGUCUACGUGAUCAAGCGACCAGGCGUUGACAACUUCUUGAAGAAAAUGGGCGAGAUCUAUGAGGUCGUCGUCUUCACAGCAAGUCUCAGCAAGUACGCUGAUCCUGUGCUGGACAAAUUGGACAUCCACCGUGUUGUUUCUCACAGAUUGUUCCGAGAAAGUUGUUACAACCAUAGAGGGAAUUACGUCAAGGAUCUCUCGCAACUGGGGCGGCCGAUCGCAGAUACCAUCAUUAUCGACAACUCGCCUGCGUCGUACAUCUUCCACCCCAAUAACGCCGUCCCAGUGUCUUCAUGGUUCAAUGAUCCGCACGAUACGGAGCUGACGGAUCUCUGCCCGUUCCUCGCUGAUCUGAGCGAGGUGGAUGAUGUUCGCGGCGUGCUUGAUGGUGGCCUAUGACACGAGGCGCGGAUGUAAUGCUGAGCGGCUGCAAUCAUGAGAUGGGCUCUCUUCCGCCCGCCGCACUGCGCUGUUUCCCAUGUCUGUCUAUGCACUCAUGCUGUCUAUGUCACAUCGUAGUCAGUGCAAACGUUGAUGCGAUCUCAUCCGUCCACGCUCAACAUAACCUCCGACGGUUCGAAGCGCAGGCGCACACGGCGCGCCGCCUCGUGUUUGCACCCAGAUCCUACCCCGCUGUCCCGUCGCGGCUCCGCCAGAUUCUCCGACCCGUGUCGUCUAUGCCUAUCUCACACCUAAUUCCGGCUUAUGGACCCGUAACCUCCCGUUCUUCCCUGCAUCCUCGUCCCGUGUCCCUAUCGUCGCCAGUUUGUUUUGUGGUUGUCAUCUUCCGUCCGUACAUACGCAGUCGCUUCCUCAUCCAGCUUUCGUAUACCCACGCAAUCCCGCAAUGCUUGUUAUGGUGCACGCUACCCCCCGUCCUCUAUCAUAGUCCUCAGUCACAUUCUCCAGGCAAACCCUUAUCGCAAAAUACAUUCAUCAGACGUCCAUGACGAUGCACCCUGCUCUCUCCCAACCCAGUUGUGGAAUUUCUCUAACCAUCCCACACCGGCGCCCCUCCCUCAUGCCCUCCCCACCAUGGACAUGCCCAAACCCAAGUUAUCCAGGUCAGGUCAGCCCUGCCAUCCCUCAUCUUAUCUCCUCAGCCCACUUGGCGCGUUUCACCGCGUUGUUGAUCGCGGUUCUGGCUCGUGCUCGUGUUUGUGUUCGCCACGUCACGCCACCUCGUAUUCGGCGAGGAGUCCUCCACGCUCGUUGUUUCUUCCCUGCCUGGUCUCGUGUUGUCUGUUCCGCGUUCGAUAGUCCUCGUUCUGUCUUUGCACUUUUCUCCCUGGGACCUGCGCGUCUUCCCUUCUGUCCACUCGCACACACGGAUUCAUAGCUAUCUCUUCGUCUUUCGUCUAAUCGCGCCCCGGACGACCUCCUUCUCCACGUGCACGUAUUUACCGCUGGGCGUCGUAUCUGUAUGUUCUGCAUAUCCCGGAUCUCAUAUUGUUGAUGUUCACCCUCGUGCGCGGACCCUGGCUCGUUAUUUGUUCUCGUCUACCCGUUGCGUUCUUUUCGUUUUUCCUGCACUAUUUUUUGACUCGAUGCAUGACCUGCUGGUGCUGACGAGGCGCAGGGGCUCCGGGCUGGUGUGAGUGCGUACAUGAAUAAAAGUGCACCGUCACCGACCGGUCUCAUGCCGCCACAGUGUUUCCUUACGACGAAUAUAUAUGACUGCGAUGACUUUU